UGAAGUCUGGCCCUCAAUGUCCCCAUCAAGGGUACGGCACCAUGUCGCACUGGGAGGAUUUUGCUGCACCACUCUGUACCUGGCUCUAUCUCCAGCUUAAAUUGUUCCCCAGAGAUGGAGAAUUUCGAGUACAGCAUCCAGCUGAAUGACAGGGACUGGGCAGAGUUUUACUUGGCUUCUGAAGAAUGCAGCUUAAUCCCGGCUGCCCUGGCAACAGCGGAGGAGCCAGGCUUCAGUGACAUUGAGCAAGGGGACGGCAAGGCCAGCAGCCCUCGCACAGCCAGGCUGAUCACCGUGAGGGCAGGCAGCAAGCCAGCUUCUGGCCUGGGACCCUGCCCCCUACAUGGGGUCCCCAGAGAGACCUCCCCACUCCGGCCUAUCCCUGGGCAGCUGGUCCUGGAGGAGGUUCUGUCCGGCAGCGAGGAUGAAAUGGAUCUGGGCUCAGGCAGCAGGUUUCUGCGUGAGAGCAACAUGCCUGGAUCCCCCCAGCAGACUCUGCUGAUGCCCAGCACCCAGGACAGGCAGCUGCCUUGUUUCUCAGGGGCUGGCUCUGCUAGACCAGCUAGCCAUGCCAUGGAGAAGCCGCUCCAGGCCCAGGACAGCUCCUGCAAUGAAGUGGGCCAGGCCGCAGAACGUGCAGUGGCCACCCCGGUUGCUGUACAGGCAGGAGGGGGCCUGGCCAUAGUACCCCACGGUCACCAGCCAGAAGGAGCUUCAGUGGAGGGGGAAUUACCAGGGGAGCAUCUACAAGGCAGCCCAGAGAAGGUAGAGUCUGAAAGGCCAGUUCAUGCCGCAAAUGUGAGCUCCCCAGCACUGGUUGCUUCAGGGGGGAUGGAGAGGCCAGCGGGGGGAAAGGCGAACUGGUCUCUCUGUUUAGAGCCUGGGCUGCCAGAUCCAAAUGGUGACAUUUCCCAGAAUCCAUCUACAGAGCCCCUGCAGCCAGCAUGUUCCAGAAUACCAGGGGAGAGCCGGCCUGCUGGGAAGAAUCCAGGGGAGCAUUUGGAUCUAGGUCAAGCCUUGACUGCUCUGGGCUCCUCUGGCGACUCUCCGGAUGUUGUGCAGCCCAGAGGGCCUGUGCACCAGGGAACGCUCACAGCCGCAGUGACGCCAUCGCACAGGGCUGUGGCACUGCAAAGCUCGAAUCUAGCUAUGGAAUUUUUAACCUCCUCUGCCCUACUGCGAGAGAACAAAGGGGAGGGAGUAGUGGCCAAACCAGCUCUUGGGGGGCUGGAGGGUGAGGAUGAAGCUCAGCAAGGCGGUACCCUGACCUGUGGCAUGCUGGGGGAUGAGGGGCGAGGGUUGGCGCUGGGAUGUCAGGCUGUUAGCGCUCCCAGGAGCAAGGGAGUGAAAUGCCCUGCAGUGCAGCCCUUUCCAGGGGAACUGAAGAAGACCAGUUGUGCAAGGCCAAAGCAAGCAACUGAUUUAGAAAUCCAUGAGAACAUGUUGUUGAAUCAGAGCAGCAAACCCACUGCAUCACAGAGAGAGGAGUGCAGGAGCACCACUGGGAAAUCCCUGCAUCUUGGAAGCACCGUGGCAUUUGGAGGGGAUGCUGACGAUGGAGCCCAGGGAAGGCAGAGAUCUGGGCUCCUAGGAGGGAUGUUUCCUCAUCAUUCAGCAGCUGAGGAUUCUCAGGAGGGGGCCAUACCUGCCCUGACCUGGCCAGAGAUGUAUGACUAUUUUUUCUGUGACGCCCAAGAGCAGGUGGGGGGAAUGAACAGAGUGGGCGGAGUGGCGAAAACGCCCAUGUCUCCCUGCGAGAAGGAGCAGGAGUUGCCUGAAAUGUACGGGCCUGAGAUGUACGAAUAUUUCUUUAAUGAACCUGAAGGAAGUGGGGGAGGAGGCAGCAAAGACCCCUUUGUGGAGCCAGACAGGAUCAGCACCUUGGAGCAAACUUCAUCACCGUGCGAGAGCCAGGAGGACCCGGACUCGGCCAUAGCCGGAGAGCCCGGCGGUGUUAUCUCCAUCCCUGAGGUUUAUGAACAUUUCUUUACGGAAGGAGCAAAAGGCAGAAGGAGCUGGGGGCAGAUCUUCCUGAGCAUGCCAGCCUUGGAAGCAAGGAAAGCCAUGGCGGCGUUGAAAUCCUUCCUGCAAAAGCCAAUGCGCCUGGUCAGAUGCAGCCCCUCCGACAGCGGGGUCCUGGUACCACGAGGUUCCAUAAAGAGGCUCUCCCUUCUCCAGCUGGGGCCUCACGGGAGAAUCCAGCUGAAGCCAGAGGAUUUAGGGAUGGCCCCUGCACUAGCAGAAAGUCCCCGCCAUCCCCUAGCUCUCACACAGGAGGACAUGUGCCUGGUCUUCGUUGCCUUUGCAUCCUGGGCCGUGAAGACAUCAAAUCUGCAGACUCCGGAUGCAUGGAAGACUGUGUUACUGGCAAACAUUGGCACCCUGUCUGCCAUCCGGUACUUCAGACAGCAGGCCGUAGAAGGACGACAUGGAACUUAGACGCUUCCACAUGGCCAGAGACACGUCCCGUGGGCCCGUGAGGAAGAGUCUGAGAGACGACACUCACUGCACCUUGCCCUUUGGCAAUAAAAUGACUGUUUGCCAAUGGGUCCAGUGGAGAUAUGGUUCUGGAAUCCAGGCUGCAGAGUCCUGGCAAGGCACAGGGUGCUAGGAAGCAGCAUCCUUGCAAUGAAAUCUGACAUGUAAUAUGUUUGUUAUAGGCAUUAUAUGCAUUUUGUUGCACGGGGUAGAAUUAGGCCCAGUGCAUGCUGGUUCAAUUCUGCUCUCUGCCUCUGACUUGGUCAACAUAGCGAUGGUGAUCGGGGGGAGGAGGGGGGUGAAAAAUCCACAUGACUGACCAACGUAGCUAUGCCGACCUUGUCCCAGUGUAGCAACAGCUCAACAGAAGAAUGCUUCAGUCAACAUAGCUGCCAUCAUUCGGGGAGGUGGAGUUCUGUUUGUGUAGGCUGUGUCUACACUAUAGGGUUAUGCCGAUGUAGCUAUGCUGGUAUACUGGGGAGCUGGAACAAUUUGUAUUGUGGGGGGGUGCUGAGAGCCAUUGAACCAAACUGUAAACCCUGCAUAUAAUGGAAACCACUUCAAGCCAGGGGGUGCUUCAGCCCCCCCCGAGUUCUAUCACCUAUACUGGUAUAGUCCCUGAAGUGUAGAGAUUUUCUCUCACUCCUUUAAGUUCAGCGGUUUCACUUUGCUAUGCUAUCUCCUAUGGAUAGUUAGGUAGCUGCAUGCAUUGGUGUAUGUUCCAAGGGGAAUCAUAUCCAUUUGUCUCCUUCAGCUGGAAGUUGAUGGUUGCUGGCACAGGAGCCUUUUGAGAGUGGGGAGCCGCAAAGCAAAAUUUAAAAGGGCAACUCCUCAGUCUUCUGGUGUCCAGUGGCCCUGGCUAGCAAUGGGGAGACUUUCUGAAGAGAAAGGAGAGGGUUUGGGGAACAAUCGACUCUCCCCGGCUAAAUAUCUCCACAUUGGCAGCUUUCAGGCUGGCUGCUUAGCCCCAGCCGAUCUGUGGUGCAGCAGUGAAAUUGGGAAUGUAUCCAGGUGACGUUAGACGGUGGCUUGUUUAGCAGAGUUCAGACCUUCGUGGCUUGGAUCAUGCCAAGGGAGUUCAUCCUCUCGGAGUCAGUGCUAAAAGUCACUGUGUUCACGCCAGUGGUGCAUUUCAAUGAGGCUACAGUAGGAUUUCUGGAGCCAGUUCCCUGCUUUGUGUGCCAGAGGCCGCCGGUUCAGUGCACUGGGGUGGGGAGAACCACGCAGGUAUGAUGCACGCUGCUCCUACAGGGGAGGUACCGUUUGGCAUCAUUCAAUAAACGACUCUUCUGACCGGCUAUGCAGUAGCACUGAGGGGGCUGGUUUAACCUUUCUGGGCUGGAUGGAUUGAGGGCUUCAAGGUCAGAGUAUAUACAGGGGCUGGGGUUGGGGAGAUUACGAAUGAGGAGAGAUCUAAAAGGCUCUGCUGGGGGAUGCAGAGGCGGGAGAAAGGGGAAAUACCGAAUGACUAUGGAACAGAUGGUACUGAGAUGCUAUGACCACAGAUACUAAGCCCCUCAGUGGCGAUCAGGCCCCAGGGUUCAGAGACAACAGUAGGGACUUCUGCUUUAUGGCAUCACAGCGGGGGGGUGGAGGGGGUUGAAAAUAGUGGGGGAGGGGCAUAGAAAGGGGCUUUGGAGAAGAUGUGACCAUGUGAGAGGACAGGCUGGUUGGUAGGUAUGAGACCUGGCUAAGGCUGCCAAUUUUGGUUGGACGUAUUCCUGGAGGUUUCAUCACAUGACAUAAUCUUUUACUUAAAGAUGAAUCUUUAAUUCCUGGAGACGCCAGGACAAUCCUGGAGAGUUGGCAAUGCUAGCCCUCGCUUGAAUAUUGCAACAACGAACAGGGAUCUAGCUACUGCGCUGUUUGCUGCUGGAGGAGCCUUAGGCAGGUGUGAAAAGUGUCCUCGGAAAGCAGGCUGGGGGCAGGGGUUGGGGCACUGAACAGCCAGGGGAGGAGGAGAGAGGACAAAGGUGGCUGAGAUCCAGGACUGAAAGGAGUGAAGUUCAAGAGUCUUGUGUUAAGGGUUAGUCACCCCAUAACAUCUCUGCAAAUGUGCCACAAAGGACCCUCUGGGAUAAUCUCAGAGCGCCCUCCUGUGCCCCAGACAGGUACUACGGCUAACGGCAAGCUACUAAAUUGUCCCUGAGAUUUUAGACUUUGAUUCUGUUUUAGACAUCUUCUUUCAUUGGGUGCUAGGAGUUAUCCGCAAUGUAACCACCAUCAUCUUGGUCCCUAUAAAGGACUGAACACAGAACUUGUACAGCUCCAGGCCUGCACUGCUACACGUUGAGCUAAAACACUGUGUCUCCCAGGUGGCCGAUGUCGCCGACUCAUCUCGGUGGUUCAGGCACAUACAUAACACACCCUGAACAGUGGGUUGCAUUAGAAAACCCAGUCCUCUUCUAAUGAUGCGUUCACCAGGUAGGGCCGGUAGGAAAAAAUCUUAGGCUUGGUAGCCUUUGCUAACUUCACCACGCAGUCAAUCUUCCAUCUUACCCCCUCCUUUACCAGUUUUCCGCUGACGAGGCUGCAAAUUAUCGGCAGCAUAGUACAAGCAGGCACAGUGGGAGGUUCUGCCAGACAGCUCUGCCACAGCACAGCGAUCCCAAUGGGCCGUUCCCUCUGUUUUUCGGGGAUGGCCUAUGCGAUCUAAUCAAUUUUUGUUCAUCUCUGAUUUCUAUAAUUCCAGCCAUCAAAGCACACAGACCUCAGUCAUUGCAUCUCAGUAUCUCUUUGCACUAGCCCAGCCCUACUUUCUACAUAGGUGCUGGAACUAGGGGGGCAGGGGCUUGAAGUGGUUUCCA